UUUUCACGAGAGCACCUCAGGAAGCGGAUGAAAUUGCAGCGCGACAGAGGAGAAGCAGGAAGGGUGUCUCGUUACCGUCUUUUGCAUCUUAAAAGAGGAGAAGAAAAAAAUGCACAUGUGGCCCUGGCGCAUUGCGUCAGAAUUAACGUUUUAUAAAUACUUUGUAAAAGUCGGUUUGUAGGCUGAAAGUCGCCAGACAUGAAUGGCAAAGUGCCCGUGUCAUCCAGAGUGCACGAGGCUAUAAUUAGAUGAGGAUGAAAUAGGAAACGACGGCUUUGGAGGUGGACUUUUUUUUUUUCUUUUUGUAUUAUUAAGACACUAGGACAGCACCGAGGUCACGGUACAGUCAACGAUGACCCAAAGCUAUUUUCGAAGCAGCAGAAAUUGUUAGAUUGAUCAACAUCCUAUUUAUUAAUCGACGCACUGGAAAGUCAAAUGGUUGGAGAAACGUUAUUUAGGAAUAGGUAUGAUACUUUCAGGGGAUGGAUGACAGCUCGGACUGUUUAGUGUUGAAAAUAAUUUUGGUCGGAGACUCCUUGGUGGGGAAGACGUGCAUACUUCAAAGAUACAUUGAUAACACCUUUGAUCAUUCGUACAUGUCCACUAUCGGUAUUGACUUUAAAGUUAAGACCUUACACCUCAAUGGCAGAUUCGUUAAACUCCAGAUCUGGGACACGGCGGGCCAAGAGAGGUUUCACUCCAUCUCGACUCGCUACUUCCGAGGAGCGCAUGGCCUUCUGAUCAUCUAUGAUAUCACCAACGCCCUCAGCUUCGACAACGUCACGGGAUGGAUGAAGGACGUGAAUGCGAAUGCUGGGGAAAAUGUCGAUAGAGUCAUUUUGGCGAACAAGUGUGACCUGGAAGAGACGCGAGUGGUCUCUAAAGAGAGAGGAGAAAAGUUGGCUUGGGAGUGUGGAGUACAUUUCUUUGAAACAAGUGCAAAAAACAAUAUCAACAUUGAAAAGGCCUUUUCGGCAUUAGUGGAAGGCAUCAUGAGUAAGAGUUCUUCCUACACACCGAGGACUGAUGUGGUUAACCUUAAAAAAAGUGACAGGAAGAAAUGUUGUAACAGAUAAGUCAUCACAUUUGGGACAAUAGAGUACCUGCUGCUUGCUCUUUGUACAGUUACUUUACGUCUUGGUUUUUGUUUUUCAAAUUGUAUUUUAGGAAAAACAGUAUGGUUUUAACUUAACCGUGUAUAUGUUGUUGCUUUCGUAUGCGUGUUUUCUUAAUGUGGGAUGUUUUUUAUGAAACGACCUCAGCAAAAAUAAUGGGAACAUUUCUGUAAUGACGACAUAAAAGUAGAUACACGACAUCCAUCAAACAAUCUGUGUGUACAUAGCUGGGCUUGCACCUGUAAUCUACUUGAGAUGGGGUUAUGGGAGCAGGAGCGAGACAUGCACAGUUUUAACAUGCCUUCAGCUUGUGUGUGUGUGUGAGUGUGUGUGUGUGUGUGUGGUGGGGGAAAUCCACACAAACAAAAAGAAAUAAGAAAUAUACCCAGAAAGAGUCCAAGCCCUGAAUUAGUCCUGGGGCAGAGAGGCAGCAUCACCACUCUCUGUGAGAAUGUGGCACCCCAGAUUCUUAAAGGCUUCUACUAAUGACGCACAAGUUUUUGUGUUGCUGAAAGUAUCAGACUUGUAAUGCUUGAGGCCUCCUCAUUCUUACGUUGUUAUUCAGUGACUGAUAUACAUGAUGGUACAUGCGGCAGAUUGAUUCAGUUACAACAGGUCUACUCUGUCUUGGCCAUAGUUUGAUGUUGGAAUAGAAGGCUGAGUUUUCUUUGUGUUCCACCAAUCGCCCCAAUCCGGCCUCGAUGGUUUAUGGAUGCCGCUUUUGACAUAAACCUUCCCUGUAUCCAUGUUCAGGAUUGAAUUGAAAAGCAUUAAAGUACAUACAAAUAAGGUGCUUUUUGAUGAGCAUAAUGGUAUAAAGAGGUUGACCCAUCAAUUAUAGAAAGAGAGAAAGAUUAACAAGAAAUAUUCUCACCUUCUCAAUCAAAGGAGAACUCAAACAAGAAAAGAUUUUAAUUUAUUUUUUUCCCCUGGUAUAGCCCCAGGUUUUCCUGUCUUCUUGAGCUAAUGUGGCCAAAUGACACAAACUCUUAACUAUGUAAAAGCAUUACAUCAAAUAAACUCCUAAAGUAAAAUCUUUUACAUAAGUAUCCCUGUAUUUUUAUAGAGACGUUUCUCUCACACUUUGGUAAAACUGUAAAGACGACAUACUGUAUCUACUGGUAGCUGCGCUGAAACACUGCACAGAGAAGUGGUCCUGAACAGAAGGGGUUCUCAGUAUUUUAAUUCAUUAUAUGUUACUUCUAAUGUAUUCAAAAUAAAUGUAAAAAAUAUAUAUAUAUUGUAGA